UAUGCGGUAUUAACCUAGUCUACAAAUAAUAUCACGAUCACACCGAUUUACACGCAGCUGCUUGAAACGCCAGUUAGAUCCGCAGUUUACCGAUAAUCGCAGGAAGUUAAAGCACUUUCCGUCUGUUUCGUAGCUGCUCAACCCGAUCAACGAUGUUGCUAGCGUUGCUCGGGACGCUGUUCAGCGGUGCGCUGCUAUACAGCCUGUAUUACAUCGCGGCGUGGUACCUGCGCGAAUGGCGCUACCGCUGGCCGCCGGGACCGCGUUGUCUGCCGCUGAUCGGGUUGCCGCUAAUGCCGUCCGACCUCAAAUCAUUCCAUCGCGUCCACUAUGACUUCGCUAAGAAGUACGGCAGUAUAGUGCGCACCAUGAUCGGUCCCAUCGUCACCGUCCAGCUCAACGAUCCCAAAGUUAUCAAGGAGGCCUUCUCCCGCGAUGUCUUCGUGCCGCGACCCACAUCCUGGUAUUUUUAUUUCGACGAACGCGCCCGCAUAAACGACGGUGCAACCGGUGUCAUCUUCAGCAAAGGUCAAACAUGGAAAGACCAUCGCGGCUUUAUUCUGCAGAAACUGCGCGAUUUCGGCGUGGGCAAAUUCAAGAUGGAGGAGAAGAUCGUCGAAGAGACGGCGACACUGAUUAAACUGCUGGAGGCGGCCAACGGCCAACCAAUCGACACGCGCGCACCGUUAAGCAGCACCGUCGCCAACGUCAUCGGCAGCGUCCUCAUGGGAACGCGCUACGCUCCCGACGACCCGGUCUUCGUGGACGUAAUGCGCUGGACUUGCGAGAUCAUCCAGUUCACCCCGAAGAAGGUCUUCUUGGCGCUCUUUCCCUUUUUGCGCCAUGUUCCACCUUUCAGCGCCACCUACGCCGAAGUACUGGGGACCUUACGCGGCUUCAAGGCUUUCUUCCGGAAACCCAUUCAAGAGCAUUUGGACAACUGGCAGCCGGAUCGCAAUGCCGAUUUUAUCGACACGUACAUCGCCGCCGUGAAGGAGCAGCAGCCGGCGACGUUUAACAUGAAUGAGUUGCAAUUGACAUUGGACGAUCUUUUCGAAGCUGGGUUCGAAACCACGACGACAACGCUGCGAUGGGCGUUUCUGUUAAUGGCCGCCCAUCCCGAUAUUCAAGCUAAAGUGCACGCCGAACUGGACAAGAAUAUUCCGCUCGGAACGUACGUUAAACUCUCAGAUAAGGAGCAGUUGCCGUACACGGAGGCGACGAUCACGGAGGUGCACCGCUUCGCCAGCAUCUUCCCGUUGGGCGCCUACCACGCUGCGGAGGAGGACGCCACCAUCCAGGGAUACGACAUCCCCAAAGGUACCUGGCUGCAGGCCAACAUCUACUUCGUCCACCACAACACUGACUGGUGGGAUGCGCCCGAACAGUUCAAUCCCGACCGCUUCCUGACCGGGAAAAACCAGGUGCAGGCUUCGGACAACGUCAUCCCUUUCGGCCUCGGGAAGCGGCGUUGCCUGGGCGAGGCGUUGGCGCGCGCCGAACUCUUCAUCAUCUUCACUGCCGUCAUGCAGCGCUUCACCGUCCACUUGCCAGACAGCGUCCAGACGGCUGAUCUGACGCCUACCAUGGGAGUCCUCACCGACACGCAGCCCCAUAAGCUGUGUUUCGUCUCCCGUAAUAAUCCUAUAUAUUAAUAAAAUAAGCCUUAGCGAAUUCCAUUUCUGUCUCCCUUUUUUGAGCGAGCCACUGAACCAAACUUUGAUGUCUAUCCUAUAUAUUAAUAAAAUAAGCCUUAGCGAAUUCCAUUUCUGUCUCCCUUUUUUGAGCGAGCCACUGAACCAAACUUUGAUGUCUAUAUGUCAUUUAAUAGCCGUUAGUUU